GUUAGUGGGAGACUACGGGGGGCGAGAGAGGGAACACACGCGGACCCGCGGCUCUUCAAACCUUUCCAAGUGUUCCACGCACACGGGGAUGCGGCUCAGGAUUCUACUGCACCGAAAAGUGUGACUUUUUUUGGGGUGGGGGGGGGAAGAAAACCCAAAAAAGUGGGGGUUAGUUUGCAUGCAAAGAUGCAAAGACCAGGAGGGCAAGGGACUGCGUUUUCCAUUGAUUCCCUGAUAGGGACCCCCCAGCCCAGGCCGGGACACCUGCUCUACACGGGCUACCCCAUGUUCAUGCCCUACAGACCCCUGGUCCUCCCGCAGGCGUUAGCGCACUCGCCCCUGUCCUCCGGGAUACCUCCGCUGGCGCCCCUGGCGUCCUUCGCCGGCCGCCUGACCAACACCUUCUGCGCCAGUCUGGGACAAGGCGUGCCGUCCAUGGUGGCUCUCACCACCACCAUGCCCAGUUUCUCCGACCCGCCGGACACUUUUUACCCGCCGCAAGAGCUGCCCGGCCCGCGUCGGAGCAGCGCCGGUGACCCGGGGGCGAGGAGGCAGGAGAGCCCGCACUCGGAGGAGCUGCACGGCCGCGAGAAAGGAUCGGAGUUGCUCAACUUCUCGGAGAGUUAUCAGACGAUAUCCGGUGAGACCAAACUGUACAGUUCAGACGACGAGAAACUGGACCUGAAGUCCGCAGAGACGGCGUGCAGUGACCGGGAGGACAGCUCCGUGGACAGCGAGAACGAGAGCUUCUCAGACGGCAACACCUGCGGGGCCCUGUCCCAGAAGGGCAAGAUGAAGGUGGGACCCCAUGACGUGCUCCCGGCCGGCGGCGGCGGCGGCUCCUCGGCCGGCAAGAGCCGGAGGAGACGAACCGCUUUCACCAGCGAGCAGCUGCUGGAACUGGAGAAAGAGUUCCACUGCAAAAAGUACCUUUCUCUCACCGAACGCUCGCAGAUCGCGCAUGCGCUCAAGCUGAGCGAGGUCCAGGUCAAGAUCUGGUUCCAGAACCGCAGGGCCAAGUGGAAACGCAUCAAGGCCGGCAACGUCAACAACCGCUCGGGGGAGCCUGUGAGGAACCCCAAAAUCGUGGUGCCCAUCCCGGUGCACGUCAACAGGUUCGCGGUGAGGAGUCAGCACCAGCAGAUAGAACAAGGGAGCAGGCCGUGAAAGGACAAAAUAAGGACUUAAUCAUGAAAGAGACUCCAGCAUGAAGCACAAACUGGAGGACGACUCCAUGAAGAGGACCGAGCAUUAUUUGCAAAUAUGCUCACACUUUUAUUUAUUGAUUUGUGAAUAUGUAAAUAUUUAACAGGUACAAAUGGGCACUAUGAGAAGAGUCUUUUUUUUUUUAGUAUUUAUGUCAAGCCAAAACCUUCUGUUGGUAGCAUGUCCUUUUCUUUUUUAGUGGAGUCUCUUUUUUUUUUUUUUUUGCUUUUCUUUUUCUUUUGGUUUGGUGUUUUGUACAAUUUGUUUGCAUGUGAGAAGGUUUUGUUUGAAAGAACCACAACGACCAAACAACGGACAAAUGUAAAGCAUAUUGACCUAAUAAAUCGCUUUAUAUAUUAAAUUUUGGUUUUUGACAUUUCAUGUUCUUGUUUUUUAUUUGUGCUAAGAGAUUAUAUGUAAUAAGAAAAACCCUACACCAUUUAACAUUUUUAAGGAUUAAAUCAUACAAUACUAAAAUGUUUAAUGUGUUAAAACUGUUUGAGAGAAUAUUUACAGUACUCUUUAUGUUACAGAACAGUUUUCACCCUGUAAAUGCGUGUGAUUGAUUUUUAAUGAUUGAUUAUCUGAUUGACUGAUCACCUUUAAACUGCGAUUAACUUCUCCAUCAGUCACUCCUGCCAGGAAAAGAAGGCCCAAAAAAUAUAUUAUACUAAAUAAUAUUUUCCUCCCACCUCCAAAGUCAUGCACCUGGGAAUAGGUUGAUUGGCAACACUAGUGUGUGAAUGUGAGUGUGAAUGUUGUCUGCGAUGAGGUGGCGACUUGUCCAGGGUGUAGACAGCCUUCCGCCCUAAUGCAGCUGAGAUAGGCUCCAGCACCCCCGCGAUCCCAAAAGGGACAAGCGGUAGAAAAUGGAUGGAUGGAUAUUAUUUUACGAGAAUUCUUGUUUGAAUUUGAAAUAAUUUAAACAGUGAACUACUUUCAACAUGCUCAUUUUGAAAACAGGUAGCAGCACCAUGCCAAUAAACACACACGGUCAAAUAGUUUUAAGUUGGAUAACAGACAGUUCCGCCGCACCAAAAACAAAACCCUAUCCUGACUAUACCGUAUAACAACUUCUUGUCAGAUAUAUGUGACCACAUCCAGGGAGAGGAAGGGGAUGCCGGCCUUUGGUAUUUUAUGCUCACUUCAUUUUCCUGUGAACAUGGUCCAGAAAAAGCUCAAACUGGAAUAAUUUUAUCUUUCCUUUUCCUUUUGCCAAACUACUUGGAGGCCUCCGGCCCUGCUCUUGUUACUGCGGCACCUGUGGA